ACAAAAACAAAGCAAGAGACGUCAGUUCGCGAAUGAAAACAACGGCGCACGCAUGAAAUUGACAGCAGACGACACUCGACACUGGUGAACAAUUAAAAAGAAUAGGAAAAUUCGAAAGAACGCAACUUAACGAAUCUACAGAAAAUGUCUUCGUCACCAGCCCGUGUGUUAAAAAGCAUCGGACCCAAGCUGGUGCCAUUCUUUAAAAGUGUUUCAGUUUAUUUUGUUCUCCUGGCAGAGCAGCCGUCACUUUUGACGGCAUGCUUCAAAUGUCUACCAAUUAUCAGUCUUAUUGUUUUUGUUCUGCUUCAUGGAAUCAGUUUAUCUAAGGAAUAUACGUUUUCGCGAAGAAUAUUAACAGGAUUGGUAUUUAGCUGCAUUGGCGAUGCAUUAUUGGUUUGGCCUAGCUGCUUUGUACCAGGAAUGGGAAUGUUCGCCAUUGCUCAAAUAAUGUAUAUUUACGCUUUCGGUUUUAAACCGUUAAACGCCUCUCUCGGGGCUGUACUUUAUGCCAUGUGUACUCUAGUCAUUUGUAUACUUAUGCCUGGUCUUAAUGGGGCUCUGGCCAUUGGUGUACCCAUCUAUACAGUAUUAUUGACUACCAUGACCUGGCGUGCUAUAUCUCGUGUACAAUUUUUUGAGGAAUUAUGGACCUGGACGAAAUUGUGUAGUUGUGCGGGCAGCAUUUGCUUCGUUGUGUCCGACACUCUUAUUGGAUUUCAUCAUUUUCACAGACCACUUCCUUAUUCGCAGAUUUCAAUUAUGUUAACUUACUACGCUGCACAACUCGGCAUAGCUCUCAGCGCAGUUGAUUCAAAGGAGAAUAAACAAACGGUAAAGGAACGGUGAGGACACGGUCCAGUAAAGUUUUAAGGUUUAAUGUAGAUUUGCAGAACUAACGGUUUAAACUGGUUUUUGAUUGUGAGAUUUAAAAAAUUAGUCAAGACCGGGUUCACUGUAUGUGAUAUUUUUGAAGAGAAGGCAAGUAUUUUUAAAAGCUCGGCCAAUUCUAUUGGAUGGCAUGAAAGUUUAUAGGAGGCAGUAAUUAUUAAUAGAAAGUACGGCAGAUAAUAUAAUUCUAACGUGCAUUAUGCAUACUCGUAUUAUAGUUUAUUAGGAAUUGGACAGAUUAGUCAAACGAUCUCCAUCGUGUUUAGUAGUGAAACUUUUUAGGUAUACGUAUACAAUUGACUUUUCAUUGUUCCUCUUUCUCGUCUCAUGCUAAAGUGUAAUUAACAUAAUAAAUAAAUAAACUUUGUCAAAGUU